CCAGAAUCUCACUAGAGAAAACUGGAAUAAUAAACUAUUGUAGGCAUAUCGUUUCUGAAAACGACGAAUCUCAGGGAAAGCUGUUUGUUGUGACGACACGCUGAGCGAUCAGUUAAAGGUUAAUGCGAGAGGAGGUUCGCAGAGAGUUUGUGAUGGUGGUGGUGGCGAUGUUAUGACGUUGGUAGUCACCGUGUUCAGUGUGUUGCUUCUCACCUUUUUCAAUACCGUACCACUUCAUUCACAAACUGUCACCCAAUCCCAGUGUGAGUGUAUUAAUACACCGUCGAACAUCGUUCAAUCAUGUCUUCCGUACGAUUCACGCUUUCAAGCCGCCACUCUCGAAGAGGCAUUGCACAAUUUUCCGGAUCUAACAAUGGAUCAGGACGACGACGAAUAUCUGAAUACAUUAGAGAGCGAAGCAACCUGUGAAACUCAAGAAUGCCUGGAUUGUCAAAUGGACAUGCGUCACAAACUAGAGCAGGUUGGACUGAUGUCAAUUUCUACAAACGAGACAGUCGUUUCAAAACGUACUAGCAUGUGCAAGAAGUACCGAUUCACUAGAAAGGACAGAGGAGUCUAUGAGAAGAGCUCAAUGGAAAGUGACGAUAGCGACAGUAGUUCUUCUGAAGAAGACGAAGGCAUAGAAGAAAAGAAGGAAAAGAAAGGCGAUUGGGAUCGUUAUAAACGCCAACACCAACGCUACAAAAGGCAAACACUCUCAGUAAACGAUUCCUCACGUUCUGUAAUAGGCGUAUUCAUGCAUGCUUAUGUGGAUGCGUUCUUGCUUAUGCGGAUUGUAUUUUACGAGUCAGUUCGGUCAAAAGCCUGCAACCAAGUGACUGGGAAGAAUAUGGGAGGCGGUUAG